AAUGUUACAAAAAUAUCCAAAUAGGCUCAUCCGUCCCCAGGACCGGGACCGACAGGGCCCAGGAGCCUCCCUCCUGCGCCCUGGAGCCCGAGCACGUCCAGCGGCUUCUGCUGUCCUCCCGCGAGGCCAAGAAGUCAGCCUACUGUCCCUACAGCCACUUCCCUGUGGGGGCCGCCCUGCUCACCCGCGAUGGGAGGGUCUUCUCUGGAUGCAACAUAGAAAAUGCUUGCUACCCUCUGAGCUUGUGUGCUGAGCGGACUGCCAUCCAGAAGGCCAUCUCAGAAGGGCACAAGGAUUUCAGGGCCAUAGCUAUCUCCAGUGACCUGCAAGAUGACUUCAUCUCACCAUGUGGAGGCUGUAGGCAAGUCAUGAGAGAGUUUGGCAGUGACUGGGCCGUGUACAUGACCAAGCCGGAUGGUACCUAUGUUGUUGUCAGGACAGUUCAGGAGCUGCUGCCAGCCUCUUUCGGGCCAGAAGACCUGCAGAAGACCCACUGAUGGAUGGCCAGAGAACACCCACUGCCCUGGAGAGCCUGGGUUCUCCCAAGGCCUAGAAGAGAUAGCCCUCAGAAACAUCAUAAAGCCUGGGGUCAUCUGACAAAUGCAAUUCAACCCUCCAAAGGCUGGGAGGUAACUUUUCCAGAUGACACUCAAGCACCAUGGAUUUCACCAAGCCUGACCCGGAGCCCCUCCUCCAAAUCCCUGCACCCUGGGAACCCAGACCACUGCAACCAUCUUUAAAAUACCAAGCCUGGCCUGCUUUCCCACCAGCCUCCCUGAGCUUUUGUCUUGUUCUGAUCGUAAACAUCAUAGAGCAUUCUGAUUCAGAAGAAUAGGCUUUCCUCAUCUCUAUU